CUGAGAUGUGGGACGUACGUGUCUCCAGCGGAUGCUCUUCUCCUCACAGCUCUCUCUCUCAGUGCUCAUCAAGUUCAGCUCUCAUCAUAGCCUAUCCGUUCACUGAUCUUUUUGUCUGAUCUAUUUAUUAUAGGAAUUUCAUUCAGCUGGAGAUGUGACUUCGUGAAAGUGAUUUUGUGGGUAGUUUGUGGUUACGUUCGCCGGAUGCGUUGGACACGUGCGCUGUGUUUGUAGAUACCAUAAUGUGAAUACAACACUUCAUCUGAGUUUGUUGAUGGAGAGGAUUUCGAAUGACAGCCGGCACAGUGGUCAUCACAGGUGGAAUUCUGGCGGCCGUCAUCUUGCUAACUAUUGUCACAGUUCUGUGUUACUGUAGGCUGCAGUAUUACUGCUGUAAAAGAGACGAGUCGGAGGAGGGGGAGGAGGAGGCUGACGUUUCCAAGGCAUCUCCAAAUCCACUGCGCCAACUGAGUCCACCUGAGAGUCCGUUGAGUCUCCAACAUUUCCCUGAAUACACGUCCUCCAAUCAGCUUCUAAUGACUGCAGAGCCUUUUGAGACCAACGGACCGGUCAGUUAUCCUCAAUACAUCCCGCGGGCACCCUACAGGCCACCCCGCUCGUAUACUUUCUGCCCAUCCUGCUCGGGGUAUCUGCCGCUCUGCAUGAGCCCACAGGAGGGGCUGCGUAACGGAGGGGGCAGGAUCAGCUACAGGACUCUGCAGCAGGAGGAAUUAGACCUGCCAAUGGAGACGCCCAGCUUCCACAAACUCAACCUCAUCCGCUCUGUCACCAUGCAGGAAGUGCUGACGCAUCACAGCAUCAGCACCGAUGUGUAGCACCUCAUAUUCACCUUAUUUAUCAUUGAUAUAGAUUAUUAAUGUCUUUAAUGCUGUUGUUUUCAUUUUUAUAUCUCCCAUUUUCAUUUUAAAGUUUUAGUAAUUUGUCAUUCUUAGUUUUUGUCUAAUUGUUUAUUAAGAGAACUUUUAAUAAAAGAGAAACUUUCUGUUCUCUUACUAUCACUAUCGCUUCUUAUCCCAGCUUUUACUACUUUGAACGAUGACUGAAACCUUGUGUAACAGGGACUUCUCCUAUUUUUUGCCGUCUUAUGGUAAAUCGCUUGUUGUAUUCCUCAAUUGUAAGUCCCUUUGGAUAAAAGUGU